AUUAGCUGAAACAACUUUACUCGAUGAUUGUAGUCUGCAUGUUUAGGUUUAGAUUUUCGGCCUCCUGAAGUUUUGCUAUGUAAACUGUCAAGUUUGUUAUCUAUUCAUACAUAUUUUCGAGUUUCCUUUUCAUACAGCAAAAUAAAAAACAUGUCUGAAAAAGACUAUGCCCCCUUGAGUACUUAUUGUGUUCGUGCACUUAAUGAUAAGCUAUAUGAAAAGAGAAAAACUGCCGCACUUGAAAUCGAAAAGAUGGUGAGAGAUUUUCUUCGAGUUGGUGAAAUAGGGGAGAUACGAAAAUUACUCCGUGUUUUAGGACAAGAUUUUACUCGGUCUCAAAACAUCAAUAGCCGGAAAGGUGGUCUUAUUGGUUUAGCAGCGACAGCCAUAGCAUUAGGAAAAGACACAUCCAUGUAUGUUGAUGAGCUUGUACAACCUUCACUCUCCUGUUUCAAUGAUCAAGAUAGCCGUGUUAGAUAUUAUGCUUGUGAAACUCUCUACAAUAUCGUGAAAGUAGCCAGGGGUUCUGUUUUACCAUAUUUUCCUGACAUAUUUGAUGCCCUUAGUCGGCUUUCUGCUGAUCCAGAUCAAAAUGUCAAAAAUGGAUCUGAGCUAGUUGAUAGACUAAUGAAGGAUAUAGUGACUGAAAGUUCAUCAUUUGAUCUUGUAGCAUUUAUGCCAUUAUUGAGGGAAAGAAUUUGUUGCAAGAAUCCUUUUACUCGACAGUUUAUUAUAUCAUGGGUUUCAACUUUGGAUUCUGUUCCAGACAUCAACAUGCUUGUCUUUUUACCUGAAAUCUUAGACGGUUUAUUUGUGAUUUUAGGAGACCCAUUAGCCGAGAUCCGCAAAAUGUGUGAAUCUGUGCUUGGAGAAUUUUUAAAAAGUAUAAUUGAAAAUCCACGAAGAGUCAAUUUUAAUGAUAUGGUGAACAUCUUGACAAUUCACGCAAAUUCAACAGAAGAGUUAGUUCAGUUCACUGCUCUCACCUGGUUGAAGGAGUUUGUAAGACUUGCUGGCUGCACUCUUUUACCAUAUUCAUCUGGUAUACUUACCGCUGUACUUCCGAACUUAGCCCAAGAUACAGAAAGUAGAAGAAAUAUAAUCGAGACAGCUAAAACUGUAAACAGUGAUCUUAUGAAAUUGGUUGUUCAGCAAAAGCAACAACUUACUUGUGAAAGUGCUGAUGAUGCAGCGUUAGCCGAUAAAAUUGAAGCUCCUUUAAUGGAUCAGCUUGAUAACCAACUAGACUUAAAGUCAUUGGUUAUUGUUUUAACAAAACAAAUUAAAUAUGAUUCCAUACAAACUCGCAUUGCUGUCUUGAGGUGGAUACAUCAUUUGCUAAUACAGAUUCCAGAUAAGUUAUUCAUGUACGUUGAAGAUAUAUUUCCUGUUCUUCUUCAAACCUUAUCUGAUCCCUCUGAUGAGGUAGUUCUUUUAGAUCUUGAAGUUUUAGCUGAAAUAUCAAAGUCAUCAGCUGGAAUGAAAUACCAUUGUGGUUUAGAAAAUGUUGCCUCGAGUUACUUGAUGAAAGAAUUAAAACUGAAAGCACCUGCUAAUCUCAAUAGUUAUUUCACUAGUUUUAUGAUGUCUCUCUUGCAUUUAUUCAAUACUAAUAAUCAAUUAUUUGAAACCAAAUGCCCAUUUAUUAUUAGGCAGCUCUGCAUAUUAUUGAAUGCUGAAGAAAUCUAUCUCACUUUAUCUGAAAUUCUAGUCAUUUACAACGAUUCUCGUUUUUCAUGUCAUAUGGUUCAUACCUUAAAUAACAUCCUUCUAACCUCCACAGAACUUUUUGAGCUUAGAAACCAAUUAAAAGAGCUGAAAACAGAGAGUAGCUGGUCAUUAUUUAAGUGCCUGUACCUCUCUUGGUGCCAUAGUCCAGUUGCCACUGUAUCUUUGUGUCUUUUAGCUCAAACUUACAAACAUGCCUGUGAUCUUUUACAGCUUUUUGGUGAUAUUGAAGUAACAGUUGAUUUUUUAACAGAGAUUGAUAAAUUAGUGCAGCUCAUAGAAUCACCAAUUUUUACUUUUAUGAGAUUACAGUUACUAGAUGCACAGCAAAAUCCUUAUUUAGUAAAGAGUCUUUAUGGUCUUCUAAUGCUACUACCUCAAAGUGAUGCAUUCCAUACUCUGAAAAACAGGCUGGCUUGUGUACCAAACGUUCAACUCAUGCCUCCAUUAAAGUCAAAAUCAAAAGAAGAUCGUAAACCUCCUUCUUUUAUAAAUUUUGAUGAACUUAUUUCACAUUUCAAAGAACUUCAGGAUAGACGCUUGAAAGAAAAGAAGGCUAUAGUCUGGAAAUAAUAUUUAAUUCUUUUAUAAAUACAAUUUUCUAUAAAUUCUGUGUAAGAUAUCUUUUAUAUAUAUAUAUAUAUCAUAGUUGUAUUAUAAUCAUAAUGAGAUGUUUUUAUUCACAUGUAUUAUUUUAAAAGUAUCAAUAAAUUUGUUGAGUUUUACCUUUUUGUACAAAUUAAAAUAGCUAUAGAUUAUUUAAUAUAAUAGUAUUGCUUUUAUUUGAAAUGUUUUAAAUAAAUGCCCUUUAAUGUAUAUUUUUAUAUUAUGAAAUUUUUUAUUUAGGAAACUCUUUUAUAUCAAAUAGUAUUAAGCAUGUUGAUAAUCAUUAAAUAUUUAUUUUAUUUUUCAAAUUACAGUUGUAUCCACUUUAAUUUA